CUGUGUUGGCCUAAUUACAAGGACCUGCACUGCAGCAGAAUCAGCCAGCAAAUUCAGAGACAAGCUUUUAUAAAGGAACUAAAGAAGGAGAAAAGCAGAGGGAAGCAAAAAUCUGUGAACUGGCUUCUGAGUUGGGGAACUGGCGGAAAACUAGGAGCCAGAGACAUCCCAUUUUCUGUUUUGGGGGUGUCUAAAUCCAUGACCUGACAGGAGAGACUGCAGGGGUUCUCUUCUUGCUUUAGAAAGGAGUUUGCAAGGGGGAAUUCUAGAAAAGAAGGGACUAGUGAGGAGUACAGGGUUAGUUAGUAUUUAUACAGUAUGAAGACUAUGAAACCUCUCUGACUUGAGCCAUGUGGGGGUUAUUCCUUGGGCCUGAAUGACUUGACUGUUUCCUCUGUGGAGCUAACAGUCCACGUGGGUGAUUCAGCCUUGAUGGGAUGUGUCUUCCGGAGCACAGAAGAGAAACGUGUGACAAAGGUGGACUGGAUGUUCUCAUCAGGAAAGCACAUCCAGGAUGAUUAUGUGCUGUUCCAUUAUGCCAACAUCAGCGUGCCUGUGGGGCGCUUCCAGAAUCGUGUGCACUUGGUGGGGGACAUCUUACACCAUGAUGGUUCUCUCCUGCUCCAAAAUGUGGAAGAAGCUGACCAGGGAAACUAUACCUGUGAAAUCCGCUUCCAAAUGGAGAGCCUGGUGUUCAAAAAAGCAGUGGUGCUGCAUGUACUACCAGAGGAACCCAAAGAGCUCAUGGUUCAGGUGGGUGAUUCGAUCAAGAUGGGAUGUGUUUUCCAGAGCACAGAAGAGAAACAUGUGACCAGGAUAGAAUGGAUGUUCUCAUCAGGAGAGCACGCCCAGGAGGAGAUUGUGUUGUCCUAUGACCCCAAACUCAACGUGCCCAUGGGGUCCCCUCGGAACUGGGACCGCUUCCAAAACCGUGUGAACCUGGUGGGCGACAUUUCCCGCAAUGAUGGCUCCAUUAUGCUCCGAAGAGUGAAGAAGUCUGAUGGAGGAAGCUACACCUGCAGUAUCCACCUGGGGAAACUGACAUUCAGGAAGACCAUUGUGCUGCAUGUGAUCCUGAAAGAGCCCCGAACGUCGGUGGCCCCAGUCAACCUCAGUUCGGAGAUCCUGGGCGGCAAUCAGCUGGUGAUCAUUGUGGGGAUUAUUUGUGCCACUCUCCUGCUGCUUCCCGUUCUGAUAAUGAUUGUGAAGAGGACCCAUGGGAAUAAGAGUUCAGCGACAUCCAUGGCCCUGGUCAAAAGCCUGGAGAACAAGGAGACGGCUCAUCUAGAGAAACAUAUCUACUCCUCAAUAACCACACAAGAUGUGAUCGACGAAGCAGAAUCAGGUGGGAAAUCAGAAGCCACCUACAUGACCAUGCACCCAGUUUGGCCUUCCCUGAGGUCAGCACCAGGCAGCCCACUUGACAGAAAGUCAGCUGGGGGAAUGCCAAAAACUGAGCACGCCUUUUGAGAAGAAAGGGGAGUUUCCUCUGUUCUUGGCCAUGAUGGAGAUGCUCCUUCCUCUGUGUCCUGAGUCCAUGUACCAGUUACUUCGGAUCCCCCUGCCCUCCCAGUCAUUCUCCCGCACCCCACUGCUUGGGCGAAGGGCUGAAAUGGAGGUUUGAAGCCUGGCAGAGGGACAGGACAGUGCUGGAGGAACAGGCCCUGAUUAGGGGGAGUGUGGACUUGGUCCCUCUGAAGUGGGACUGGCCCUGGGGACCCUGGCUGAGCUGGCAGUGGCCUCAAGCGCUCCAUUGGGUCAGACCCUCUGCUUGGAUGGUGCUUUGUGUGGCUGGUUGGAGGGAAGAAUCACAGAGAUAAAAACCAACCCAAAUGAUUCCUGUGCAAAUUAUCCCAAAAUAAAUGUGGUUUGUGGAAAUCA